UCCUAAACCCUCUUUGGGAAUUUUGUGUUAGGAAUACUGUACAGCACACGUAGGCUGUCCCGGAACGGAGGAGCAGUAACAACAGUACACCGACAUGCUUUGCCACAUAAUUCGUCCUGAUUCUGUCGUAAUGGAGGUUGAGGUGGAUCCCAAAGCAGUCGGAGAGGACUGUCUCAGUAAGGUGUGUCAGAGACUGGGAAUAAUUGAAGCAGACUAUUUUGGACUUCAGUUCAAUGGCAGUAAAGGAGAGAGUUUAUGGCUGAAUUUAAGAAACAGAAUCUCUCAUCAAGUGGACUGUGGUUGUCCUUGGCGACUGAAGCUGCUUGUGAAGUUCUUUGUGGAGCCCCACCUUAUACUGCAAGAACAAACGAGACACUUCUUCCUGAUGCAUGUCAAGGAGGAACUUGUGCGUGGGAGCUUGCGACUAGACUCGGAGCAAGAGGUAGAACUGUGCGCCCUGCUAGCACAGGCAGAGUAUGGGGACUACAACCAGAACACAGCCGAAUACUUCUACACACGGAUCUACGGCCAGCAACCCAGCCCGGCCACCAUGAACAGCAUCACUGAGAGGCAUAAAGAGCUCCGUGGUAUAAGCCAGGCCUCAGCAGAGUAUCGGGCCCUGCAGCUGGUCUCCUCGCUUGAGAACUAUGGUGUGGAAUGACAUUGGGCCUGGGACACCCAGGGGCACAUGGUGACCAUAGGGGUCGGACCAGAGGGCCUGUUCAUCUGCAAAGAGGACUUCAUGCCUUCCGAGAGAAUUAUGUAUUCAGCGAUUCAAAUGGCCACACAGUCUCGGAAGAAUGUGUAUGUGACCAUCACCAAGGAGAGUGGAGAUGCCCUUGUCCUCAUUUUUAAAUUUAUCACCACAGGAGCUGCUGUUGGACUGUUGGACUGUGCCAUUACUGAAAUACAUGUGUUCUACAGGUGAACAGACAUAUCACAUAGAAUUCUUGUAUUGUUCAUGGUAUUUAGCUGACACUUUUAUCCAAAGCAACUUACAAUUAUGACGGAAUACAACGGAGGUUUAAGGGUCUUGCAACAUACUUUAUCCACUGAUCUAGGCAACGCGUACGUCUUCCACGUCUGCCGCACAUCCAGGGAGGUGCACGACCGCACCCGGCGUGCCCUUUUCAGUGCAGGACCUGGUGCGGCAGGACGUGGGGGCUCGGGGGUCAGCCCGGCGAGACGUGCGAGGGAGGAGGAAGAUGAAGACGAAUCCACGUGCAAGAGCUGCAGUAAGACCCACCUUCUGCACGAGAAGCUCCAGAGCCUGCAGGAAGCUCUGACCUGUGCCCUGUGCUGCGAGGUGGAGCUCAACUCCGCCUUCUAUCCCUGUGGCCACGCCGCCUGCUGCUACAACUGUGCCGCCCAGCUUCAGUGGUGCCCAGUGUGCCGCUCCGGAGACGAGAACGUCCGGCGUAUCUACUUGCCCACAUGUGCCAGUCUGCUGGGUCUCACGGAGCCACGGGGAAAAGCCAACACCGCACCUGGACGUCCCCGGGGGUCACAGAGCUUGGCAGAGAAAAGCGUGGCCCGCAUGUCUGUGGCGAGUUCCUAAACACAGCCAACACAGACUACUGAGGCGGCUGGCCAGAACCUCACUGGAAAGGGCGCCAGUAUUCUGCGACUGCAUGUUUCUCAUUACGGAUCUGGCUGGGGAACCACCCCAUUGGAAAGCUCUGGAACCACACCAGAUCAGUGAUAAUAGGACAGAAUAUGCCAUUGCAUCCUUGAGGCUAUAUUUAAAUUUACAUUUAUCUUAUUAUUAUUAUUUAUCUUAUUAUCAAGAGCAACUUAGAAAAGUGCUUUUAGUUGUUUACACAAAGUACCCUCACGUAGCAGAAAUAGGUUAGAGUCCAGAAAUACCCUUAACCGAGACACUGGCAGAACCCAGUGGUCAGUGCUGAAAGUUAGAAUGGGAGAUACAGUACAAUCCUACAGCA